AUGGCCAACUCGAGGAAGAAGAAAAGAGCGGGUCAGGGUACUAGGGACAGACUAGCAGUUGAGGGGGCGGCAGGUCUUGCAGAGGCAGGCUUGAAAGCAAAGGAGGCAGCCUUUAAAACAAAGGACGCUGCGCGUAACAAGGUAGCGCGCGGGCGUAAGCGGCGUGCCAGCGAAGAGCAGUCUGAGGAGCAGGCGGAAGAAGGGGAGCAGGCUGCACAGGCUGCACAUAGCAAGAGGUUGAAAGCAGCAGCUGUAGCCGUGCGAAGAGUUUUUGGGGAGAAAACAGAAGGCUUGACCGCUGAGGACCAAGGCAUUCCAGCGGUCAAGCGCCGCAAGCUUGCAUUGAGUGGUCAGGGGGCGUGGACGGUGGCAGACCGAGCUCGCAAAUCUGAUGCGAUCUCACCUGAGGACCAGGCGCUCGUCAAGCGUCAUUGGGCUGAGCGGACAAGGGUGUUGCCCAAUGAGAAAGACGUCCGGCGGUUCCGGACUGGGCCCAAUCAGUAUGAGAGUCAUCCCACCCACCUUCUCGAGAAGUCUCAGACGGAGCUGUACUUUGAGGUUUGUGAGGAGCACCCUGACAUCAAGAUCAAGCAGCGCAAGUUUGAAGAGCUCAAGCCAUGGUUUGUGCGGAAGCUCAAGGACCGCAACGUUUGUUGCUGCAAGUACCACGAGGAAGUCAAGCUUUACCUCGCCGGCGUCAACCGGCUGCGCAAGCGAGGCCACACCGACCAGGAUAACGUGUGCGAAUGCGACUGCCAGAUUUGCCGCCCCCUCCCCGUCCCGGGAACUCCCCCUCCUGCCACGUGUCAGUACAAGCGGUGCACGUACGCCAGCAGCGCUGGCUUCUGUGGGCUUCUCCUGUGCCCCAAAACCCCGGGGUCCCUUUUCCACAAACCGGAGUGUAUCAACCGCACCUGCCCCUUGUGCAAAGACAAGAAGCUUCCCCGGUGCCCCCUCGAAACUCAGCCCGGGGAACCUGACGUCACCUACCAAGCCUUCGAGUGUACCAACCGGGCAACUGGACGCUGCGGGCCGCCCCAAAAAGCGGAUCAAACUCCUCGAGAAGAGCACCUCUCAUAG